GAUCACCGGCACCUGCCGCACGCAAGAAACAGAGAGACCCAAACGGCCAUGGUUGUCGGAGACGGGUCCCGCCGCCGUUCCUCCCGCCUCGAGGCCGGGCAGAAACGGAAGCGUCCGGGCGGACUCGGCGCCGCCGCAGACGGCGCCACCUUCCACCGCCCGAGAGCCACCGGCUCGGCGGCUCAGCAGGACUGCGGGAUCCUCCCCAGCGAGUGAUACCUGAUUUCCGCCAGCGUCACGGAGCGGGUCCCCUGGGGCUUUGUCUGUGGCUACCCCGUCAAGACCGGAAGCGGCGAUCUCUACGGGGGCGGCCACUACCUCGAGGCGGCGUCUUCGAACGAGACGCCCCAGGGAAGGGCGGUCCUGGAGGCCGCGCUGCGCUUUGGAACGGGCGGGACGCUCCCCUUUUGCCCCUGCAAGCGCGGGUACAAGCCGGUUUCGGAAGGGCCGCCGCCGAGGCGCAUGGUGGCCUGCUCCUUUCACGAAGCGGCCCGCCGGAAGCGGUUGGCCCGGGACAAGGGAAAGCUGCGCGGGGGGGAAGCCGAUCCCUCGGAGCUGUUCUGGUCACCGAAGCUUUCGUCGGAAGAAAGCCGUGCGGAAUUGCCUCCGCCGCCCGGCAGCAGCAGAGAGAAAGCAAGGGAAAAGUCGUCCGAAAAAGGCGACGGCCAACACGACACCAAAACGGCCACCUAAGGAAGAUAGCACACAGUCUGCCAAACCGAUGCGAAUCGCUUUGCGUCUAUCGGUGUCUCUUGCAGCAUCCGAGCAUGAAACACACGGAAUCUAUGUUUCUCGCGGGCAAGGUUUGGUGUUGCUGCCAUUGUAUUUAUUUACCUUUGAAAGCAUACCUUGGGAGGAAACACAAAAAUGCUGGAGGGUCUUGGUUGCUUGUGUACAGUGUUGUGUGUGCUCUGAUGCAUUCCAAUGCACUCCGGUGCAAUUCAACACG